UUACAGAUCAUGAACGCAGCAGUUCCCAAAGCUAACGUUAGCUCUUCCUGCAGUGCUAUGAGUUGAGCGAGACCGAAGUGCUGGGAAUGCAGCCACCGCUCCCACCUGAGGCGGUCAGAGAGCUGGUGUGCUCCUGUCUGCACAGAGACCCAGUAGCAGCAGACCUCCGCUGCAGCUUGUUUGUUGCUGCUGCACAGAACUACAAGAGGGACUCUUUGCUGAGGCCCUUCCCUCCUAGAUACAUAAGCAGUGACAAUAAAGACUUUGAGGAGCUGUUGGCAGAUGUGAACUCUUUGCCUGGUGUGAGAGAGUUGGUGAGACUACGACCCAGGGAGGGAAAUCAUCAUCUGGCUCUCACACACUGGAUUCUCUCUUCAAAAAGCUUUGCUGUGAAGACAUUACAGAAAGAUGAGUAUGCCAAACUCUGUAACCUGACGGAAAAUGAAGGGAUUUCUGCGCCUGUGCCAGACUUCCUGUUUGAGCUAGAGUACUGCGAUCAGAUGAACGCCAGGUUUGAGAAGAUGAGGGCAGGCAGAGACGUCUUCUAUGCAUUUCACGGGAGCCGCCUGGAGAACUUUCACUCUAUCAUUCACAAUGGGCUGCACUGUCACCUCAACAAGAACUCAGUGUUUGGAGAGGGGACCUACCUCACCAGUGACCUCAGCAUGGCUGUCCUCUACAGUCCCCACAGCAGCGGCUGGCGAGAAAGUCUCCUGGGUCCACUGCUCAGCUGUGUUGCCUUGUGUGAAGUUAUUGAUCACCCAGAUGUUAAGUGCCAGGUUAAGAAAAAAGAUUCUGAAAUCAUUGACCGUCAGCGCUCAAGAGCAAAGAACAGCGAAGGAGGGGAAGUACCGCAGAAAUACUUUGUAGUCACCAACAAUCAGCUUUUGCGAGUCAAGUACCUUCUUGUUUACUCUCAGAGGAGGCACCUGUCCAGACAUUCCCGCAGCACCUCUUGGCUCCUCAGACACCAUUUUGCCAUCAUGAUGAGUCUCUAUAUUCUGCUGCUCAUAUUCAUCGGUGCCUUUAACUCGACCACCUUUGUUUCCUUUUGGAACAGACUAUUCAGGUGACAAGACAACGGGACAGACGGCCUGGAUGUUUAUUGUCCACAGUGCCUUCCUGACUGGAGGCCCGAGCAAAGAUAAAGUUUUAUACACCUUUUAUACAGUUUUCUCUCUACAGUCAUUCUUUUCUUUAUUUGUACAAAUAACUAUUAUUACUGUUAUUCCAAGAUAACAUAUCUUUUCAAAUAGCAGCUAUUGGGAUCCUGUUAAAAUUGUUGAAAUGGGUAAUAAGACCAUUCUGCAUUUUAAAACUGUUAUGCAAUGUUUCAUCUGUAAUUUGUAUGGUUUAGUAAACAUCCUGUUUUGUAGAUAAGCUCUUUCCAUUAUUGUUUUAGUCCUCUGAGGACACAGUCUUACUAACCAAAGAGGGAAACAAAACUAGACAUUGAGAAAUCAUCUUGUUUAAAUAACUGCACAGUGUAGAGUCAAACGCUGAGAUGUCUUUUUUUCUAGCACACUAAUUAUAUUGACUCAUUAGUGUCUGUCUGUUGAUCAGGCACUAAAGACAAUGUUACAAUUUAAAUGCUUACUUUUUAGUGGUAUGACUUUGUAUCGCUCAGUUUUUGGCAAAUUAAUGGGUAGGUACCUUUUAUAACUGAUGAUUUAAGUGCAACUUUAAGGUAUUGAAUAUAAUAAUUAGGUUUAAUGAAGGGAAAAAAAUAUAUGAGGUGGCCAUUUUUGUUGUGCUGACAUAACGUAUUUAUAAUGAUGGAUCACAGAAAGGCCACUGAUAACCUCAUUUAUAAACAUUUCGGAUAUGCUUUUAUGUCCUUAUAGCAGUAAAAGAAGUAAGCUGUAUGUCCUCCUAAAGGCAACAGGUUCUUAGAAUGUUAACAUUUUUGACACUAAUAAAAUUAUACUUUUGAUAUUUUA